AUGAACUCAACGCUACUGGCACCAAGUGUUCCCGUCGACCUACGACCCCACGAGAACGACAGGCCGAUUUCAUUUAACCAGCUCGGCUGUCAGUGGGGUGGCGCGUAUUUGUUGGAUGAUGGCUUGAAGAUCAAGGAGCAUGAGAGCUUUCCAGUGUCUACGGACGUGGUGUUUGGAGGCAACGACAUCUCCUUGACAUGUCUGGACGGAACCAUGGACGACCCAGUUGCCGGCGAGUAUGUUAUGGGCGAGAGCAGCAACAACGGCAUGCAUUUUUCCGAUCCCUUCUACACCCGAACGAACAGCAGUCCCAUGUGCAACUUAUCGCUCAGUAGCAUUAACAGUAUCCCGUCGGAAAGCAUGGCUAUCGACAACACCCAAUCCUCCGAGUCGCCCUCGCAGAAGACGAAACCGACUACGAUCAAAAAGCGUGGCCGCCCUCGAAAGACUCGGCCGGCCGCCAAUGCCGCGGCAGUAUCCAAAUCGGACGCAGGCACUAAGUCCAGGCGUCGAGCUAGCACCAGGAGCGACUUUGAGUCUUCCGGUGCAGACGACCCCAAGGCGCUACGCGUCCGCGAAAAGAACCGUGUUGCCGCCAAUAAGUGCCGCUCGCGGCGGCGGCAAGAGGAGGAUAAGCUCAAGUCCAAGUACGAGGAUCUCGAGCAAGAGCAUCGCAGGCUAUUGAAGGCGCUAUUAGAGUUGGUGGCGGAGUCGUUACUUCUCAAGAACAUGCUUACGGCGCAUGGCAGCUGUGACUGCCGGCUGAUCCAAGACUAUCUGGAGUCGGCGUCGGAGUGGUGCGAUGGUGAGGAUCCCUGCCAAAGGUGCAAGGACGCAGGUCUCGAGUGCGCCUUUGACCACUCACGGCGGGAGUCCAAGGACGACUUGCGCGCCGAAAUUGAGCGACUGCGGCGCAUCGGCGAGCGUAACGAGGCGCUCCUCGACGCCCUGUCUUCCAUGGACGAUACCGACACUUACAACACGGUGGCACAGCGCCUCAUGGACAGCACCGUCACGCGCGACUCCAUCUACAAUGACCUCCCCAACCACCAGAAGGCCCGUGGAGAGCCUGUGCCCACCCCAGCCGCCGUUAUCGCACCAUCUUCACGUCGUAACUCGCCGGCUACCUCGUCCGCAGCAGCCUCCAGCAGCAAUAUCCGGCCGGUGACGUGCCCGCAUUGUCACGGUACACUGGCAGGCGAGUCCAGGUCUCAGCUCACGAGCGUGCAGCUCGUCCCUGCCAAGAUAUUCCAGCUCACCGAAUGGGUAUACAAGCUUCUCGUGCGGUCACCGGCGGCUACGGGCGAUGAGGUAGUGUUGGUUUACCGUCGGUGUCUCGACUGGUACGAGGGUUUCUUUGCAAUGCUCGCAGCAGACGGGAGCAGCUCGCCAUUUGUGGCUUUCAUCCAGUAA